AUGUGCUCUACUCUAAGGAAGUGUGGGACAUACAGAACUGAAGUUGCAGGAUGUCAUGACCAUGGUGGCACUUUUCAAGGAAGAAAGAAAGGUAGGAGUCCUUUCCAGGACAAUUUUGACAAGAGGAACCCUCAUUAUGAACACGGUGGGCAUGAGCUUCCUCCUUCAGAGCGCCAGGAGAAUGAUGGAUGCUUGGAGAUGGGAGAUGUCCACAAGGACCGCCAACUAAGACACACUCCUUAUAGCAUCGAAUGCAGCAGGAAGCUAGUGAAAUGGCAUAGUGAAGACCAAAUCCAUACUACCACAUGGAGAAACAGAAAACGUCCAGAGAGAAAAAUGAUGGAGGACACACAAGAUGGACAAACGAGGGCCUGGUUCAAGGUCACAAUUCCUUACGGGGGAAAGUAUGACAAGGCAUGGCUAAUCAAUUCAAUCCAGAGCCAUUGCAGUGUCCCCUUCACUCCGUUUGAUUUCCACUACUUCCAAAAUCGGGCACACUUCUUUGUGCAAGGUGCUAGUACUGCCUCCGCAUUGAAGGAUGUCAACUAUACGAUUUGUGAUGACCACAACCGGAAGAUAUGUAUAUUUGUCAAUCAUUCUACUGCGCCCUUCUCUGUGAAGAAUAAGUUGAAGCCAAGCGAAAUGGAGUUGCUGAAGCUGACCAUGGACAAACGAUAUGAUGUCUCCCAGCAAGCUCUUGAUCUCCAAAGUCUCCGCUUUGACCCAGACUUGACGGGCCAUGAUAUUGAUAUAAUCCUGAAUCGAAGAAACUGCAUGGCUGCCACUCUGAAGAUCAUUGAAUCGAAUUUCCCUGAGCUACUGUCCUUGAACUUGUGCAACAACAAACUGUACCAGCUGGAUGGCCUGUCUGACAUUAUAGAGAAGGCCCCCAAAGUCACGGUCCUGAACCUCUCCAAAAAUGAGCUGAAGUCGGUGUGGGAGUUGGGCAAGGUGAAAGGGCUGAAGCUCGAAGAGCUGUGGCUAGAAGGGAACCCCUUGUGCAGCACCUUCUCUGACGAGUCCGCCUAUGUAAGUGCCAUCCAGGAUUGUUUCCCCAAGUUGUUACGCCUGGACGGCCGAGCAUUAUCCUCAGCAACAACUGUUGACAUUGACAGCUCUGAGUUAAUGAAACCCUGCAAGGAAAGCUGUAAUGGAUCUGAGACCCUAAAGCAUAUGGUCCUGCAGUUCCUGCAGCAGUAUUACUCGAUCUAUGACUCUGGAGAUAGACGGGGUCUCCUUGGUGCUUACCAUGAGGAGGCCUGCUUCUCCGUGACAAUUCCCUUCAACACUGAGGACUCAACUCCGAAGAGCUUGAGCCAGUACUUGGAGGAUAGCAGGAAUAUGAAAACACUCAAGGACCCCUACCUGAGGGAGGAACUGCUGAAACAUACAAAACGUGACAUUGUGGACUUCCUCAGUGCGUUGCCCAAGACUCGGCAUGACCUCAGCUCCAUCCUGGUGGACAUGUGGUACCAGACGAAAUGGAUGCUCUGCUUUUCUGUCAACGGGGUGUUCAAGGAGGUGGAAGGACAGUCUCAGGGUUCUGUUUUCGCCUUCACCCGGACCUUCAUCACUACCCCUGGUAGCAAUUCCAGUCUGUGCAUCGUGAAUGAUGAGCUGUUUGUGAGGGAUGCCAGCCCCCAAGAGACUCAGAGUGCCUUCUCCAUCCCAGUGUCCACACCCUCCUCCAGCUCUGAGCCCUCCGUCUCCCAGGAGCAGCAGGAAAUGGUGCAGGCUUUCUCUGCCCAGUCUGGGAUGAAGCUGGAAUGGUCUCAUAAGUGCCUUCAGGACAAUGAGUGGAACUACACCAGAGCUGGUCAGAUCUUCACUAUGCUCCAGACUGAGGGCAAGAUCCCAGCAGAGGCCUUCAAGUAG